UUUUAUCAGCUGCGUGGUGAGAACGGAAGAAGAAGCAGGAAGAAGAAGCAGGGGGCAGACCGUCAGACGAGACAGUCCCAUCUGCUCUGUAUUGGUGCCUAGGAUGCAUCCCUUCCCAGCCCCUAGGACUGUCCUUGUGGGGUAGGAGCAGGACCAGCAGGAAGUCUGAAUCACAGAAGGGGUCUGGUGUUCUAGGACUCAUCUUUAGCCACUUGUUCACCUUUCCUUUGGCCUCCAAGACUUUUUUGUGCUGUCCAGUGUGGGCGUUAAGCCCUCUGGCUCAAAUCUCUUGCAGAAGUGACAAAGGAAAGGAAAAAUCCUGGAGGGCUUUCACCUGUUGGUGGCCUUGGAGGCUAACUACUGCGUGGCAUGCAGAGUGGACUUUGGCAGGUGCCUCUAUUAGAAGAAGAAUCACCGGUUUAUAAGGAAGUGGCUGUUGGGGGCUGGUGUACUGUCUCCCGGUUCAGCAGUUGCGGGGUACAGGCAGCCUGGGCGCAGGAGCCAGUGGGCAGCACUCCGGAAGGUGAAAUCCUGGGCUUUGCCUCUAUGUUCUCUGGUCGCACAUCCCGGAAGUCAAUCUCACAUCCAGAGCACGAAGACACCAUGGCAGAGGGUGAGGAGUACCGGAACCCCACGGAGGUGCAGAUGAGCCAGUUGGUGCUGCCCUGCCACACUAACCACCGUGGGGAACUGAGCAUCGGACAGUUGCUCAAAUGGAUCGACACCACGGCCUGCCUGUCAGCGGAGAGGCACGCUGGCUGUCCCUGUGUCACGGCUUCUAUGGAUGACAUCUACUUUGACCACACCAUUAGUGUCGGCCAAGUGGUGAAUAUCAAGGCCAAGGUGAACCGGGCCUUCAACUCCAGCAUGGAGGUGGGCAUCCAGGUGGUCUCUGAGGACCUGUGUUCAGAGAAGCAAUGGAGUGUGUGCAAGGCCCUGGCUACCUUUGUGGCUCACCGGGAGCUCUCCAAGGUGAAGCUGAAGCAGGUCAUACCAGUGACAGAGGAGGAGAAAACGGAACACGGGGUGGCAGCCGAGCGCCGCCGCAUGCGGCUAGUCUACGCAGACACCAUCAAGGACCUCCUGGCCCACUGUGCCAUCCAGGAUGACCCCGACAAGGACUUCAGUAAUAUGGUGCCCGCAGAGAAGACCCGAGUGGAGAGCGUGGAGCUGGUGUUGCCUCCUCAUGCCAACCAUCAGGGCAAUACGUUUGGGGGCCAGAUCAUGGCCUGGAUGGAGAAUGUGGCCACCAUUGCAGCCAGCCGGCUCUGUAAUGCCCACCCAACACUCAAGGCCAUCGAGAUGUUCCAUUUCCGAGGCCCAUCACAGGUGGGGGACCGUCUGGUGCUCAAUGCCAUCGUGAAUAAUGCCUUCAAGCAUAGCAUGGAGGUGGGCGUGUGUGUGGAGGCUUAUCGCCAGGAGGCCGAGACUCAGCGGCGACACAUCAACAGUGCCUUCAUGACCUUUGUGGUCCUGGACAAAGAUGACCAGCCUCAGAAACUGCCCUGGAUUCGUCCCCAGCCUGGAGAGGGCGAACGGCGAUACCGAGAGGCCAGCGCCAGGAGGAAGAUCCGCUUGGAUAGGAAGUACCUUGUGUCCUGUAAGCAGUCGGAAAUGGCCCUGUCUGUCCCCUGGGAUCCUAGCAACCAGGUGUACCUGAGCUAUUACAACGUGUCCUCUCUGAAGACGCUUAUGGCCAAGGACAACUGGGUGCUGUCCGUGGAGUUCGGUGAGGUCCGCCUGUACACCCUGGAGGAGGAGUUCCUGUCAUUUCAUUUGGAGAUGGUGGUCCACGUGGACGCUGCCCAAGUCUUUACGCUGCUCUCGGACCUGCGCCGGAGGCCGGAGUGGGACAAGCAUUACCGGAGUGUGGAGCUGGUGCAGCAGGUAGACGAGGAUGACGCCAUCUACCACGUUGUCAGCCCUGCCUUGAGCGGCAACACCAAGCCCCAAGACUUCGUGAUCCUGGCCUCUAGGCGGAAGCCUUGCGACAACGGGGACCCUUAUGUCAUCGCACUGAGGUCGGUCACACUGCCCACCCACGGUGAGACACCGGAGUAUCAGCGUGGGGAGACUCUCUGCUCGGGCUUCUGUCUGUGGCGGGAGGGGGACCAGUUGACUAAGGUUUCUUACUACAACCAGGCCACCCCUGGAUUUCUCAACUAUGUGACCACCAAUGUGGCCGGCCUGUCCACGGCGUUCUACAAUACGUUCAAGGCUUGUGAGAGUUUCCUGUUGGACAACCGGAAUGACUUGGCCCCCAGCCUCCAGACCCUCUAGGCACUACCCCACCUUGCCCCAGGUCUUACACACUGCGUGGAGCAAAGCAGAGGCGUUUAUUCACUCUGACUCCCCAGGGAAGCCUUCCACAUUAGAUGGUCCAGUCCUACUGGGUGGUCAGUUCCUGCUCACAUCUGCCAGCAAGUCUUCUCGGUACUCCUGGGGUAUCCUGUAAUAGACUCGGGUCCUGUCCAUGGCCCUGGCCACCCACAACCCAGCCCAAACGUCUGCAUAGUUGUUCCCAGCCAUGCUGUGGUGCACCGUGACCGUGGCUCGAGGGGAGGCUGCCAGCAGCCUGGCCACAGCUUUGGCCGAACUCCGGCCCAGUGGCCCAGCCUGCAGCUGGAAGGACACAGGUUGCCAGAGUCCCUGACACAGCUCCAGCAUAUCUGUGACCAUCUGCUCCUGAUAGCCGCUGCCCAGCGCCUCUUCAGGCCAGCCUGGUGCCACGGUCACAUGAGGGAAAAUUUCAGCCACAGCUGUAAGCAAUUCUCUGCCGGCCACAUGACCAGGGACCACAAAAUUACCAUGUGAGAUUGUAGCCCCCACCCACACGGGCCAGGGCAGAUGGCCAAGGGUGGAGAGGCGUGCCAGUGUGGUCAGGGAGGGCCGGAGAGCUGUGGGUUCCACUAUGUUCACAUGGAUGCCCCAGGACCCGGGGUGAGCAGCCAGCUGCAGCAGACAGGACUCCAAUGUCAGAACAGGAACACCUCGGGUACGCAGGAUGGGCACAGGGUUCCCAGAUUCAGAUUCCUGGAGGCCCACAUCCAGCAGGAUCAUGCCUUCUCUGUCUGGAAGAGGCAACAGUGUUUGGAGUACCUGUCAUUAUGUGAUGUCAUUCUCUCUUGUUAAAGGGGCAGUGGAAGUCAUGGGAGCAAACAAGGAGGAAGUGGUGCCAGCCAUUCUUGAAUCUGA